UCUCUCUCUCUGAACCUCAUUCAAUCCAUUCCCCAAAACCCUAACCCCUUUCCCCAAAAUCACACACACACACACACACCAGACAGACCUUCCGCAGUAAUCUAAACAAGUAAUGGCGGGAGCGGCGGACGAUUCUAGUGACAUCGAGAAGCUCUACGAGUUCGGAGAGAGACUCAAUGAAGCCAAAGACAAGUCGCAGAAUAAGAGUGAUUACGAGGGGAUAAUUGCUGCUGCAAAUGGCAGCGUUAAGGCAAAGCAGCUGGCGGCACAAAUGAUACCAAAGUUUUUCAAAUUUUUCCCCGAGCUUUCCGACCGAGCUCUGGACCGACAAAUGGAUUUGUGCGUGGAUGAGGAUAUUGCUGUGCGAGUGCAAACAAUUCGCGGGCUUCCUCUUUUCUGCAAGGAUACACCUGAACAUCUUGAAAAAAUUGUUGACGUCCUUGCGCAACUCCUCAUUGCUGGAGAAAAUAAGGAGCGUGAUGCAGUACAUAAAGCCCUUAUGUCUCUGUUGCGGCAGGAUGUCAAGACUUCAUUAACAGCUUUAUUUAAGCACCUAGGAAGCACUGAGGAUCGAAAUCAGAGGAUGGUCUGCUUGGGAGAGCAUCGUGAUAAGGUUCUCUACUUUAUUAGAGAUAAGGUGUUUCCCCUUAAAGAAGAGCUGUUGAAGCCGAAGGAUGAAAUGGAGAGGCAUAUAACCAAUUUGGUGAAGCAGAAUUUGCAUGACGUGACGGGAGCUGAAUUUAUAUUGUUCAUGGACUUCUUGAAAAGUUUGAGCUUAUUUGGGCAGAAUGCUCCUGUGGAGCGUGUUCAAGAACUUGUUGAGAUUAUUGAGGGCCAGACUGAUCUGGAUGCUCAAUUUGAUGUUUCAGACGUUGAUCACAUUCUUCGAUUCAUAUCCUGUCUAGAGAUGGCCCUCCCUUUUUUCAAGAGAGGUGCUUCGAGCAAUAAGUUCGUCAGCUAUUUGGCAAAGCAAAUUAUCCCUGUCUUUGACAAGAUUCCUGAAGAACGAAAAUUAGAUUUGCUCAAGAACCUUGCUGAAUGUUCAUUAUAUGCUAAACCACAAGAUUCAAGGCUGCUUCUUCCAUCAGUUGUUCAACUUUUAAAGAUAUACAUGGUUCGGAGAAAGAUUGAAGAGAUAAAUUUCACUUGUAUCGAGUGCUUGUUGUAUGCACUUCACCAUUUAGCUAGUAAGACUCCGAAUGUCACAAAUAGCCUCUGUGGCUACAAGAUUGUCACUGGGCAACCAUCAGACAGGCUUGGGGAAGAUUUUUCGGAACAAUAUAAAGAUUUUACAGAGAGAUUGAGCAUCAUCGAGGAUUUAGCUAAGGCGAUGAAUAAGAAAUUGACUCAGGGGAUGGCGGAGCACAACAAAGCAAUGACAGCUGCAAAGACCGAAGAGGAAAAAGAAGCAAUUAAGAAGCAGAAGCAGAAUGCUACAGCUGGCCAACGAACCUGCAACAAUAUACUGGCAAUGGCCCAGCCUUUGCAUUCAAAAGCGCCUUCAUUUAUCGGAGACCAGAAAAUUAGCUUAUCCUGGAAAGAAGUAACUAAAGUUGCAGUACCAUCUGCUUCUGCUACUGCUACUACUACUACUGGUAAAAAACGAGCUGCUAAUCCGGCAAAUGGAUCUGGCACAAAUGCAACAAAGAAGGGUCGAGGUGGAGUGCAAAACCAACUUGUUAACAGAGCAUUCGAAGGCUUAAGUGGCGCGACAACUGGAGGGAGAGGUAGAGGAGGUUGGAGGGGUCGAGGUAGAGGAAGGGGUCGAGGUCGUUUCUGAAAAAAAACAAUCUCUUUUUUAUUUUCACUUUGUUGUACACCAUAGACACAUAUUUUAUCUAAUUUGUAGACAAUUGUAGUGACUAAUUUUUUCGCUGAUUUUAGUUUUAAUGAUAAACGUGAUUUGUUCGAUUUGUUUC